GAACAAACAAAAGUUUGCGACUUUUUUGUGGACUUUGGUGAUUUUGGGUGGGUUCUGUUGGAAGAUUAUUCCUAGAAAAGUCGGUUUUUAUAUAUAUAUCAACUCCAACAUAAUUAGUUGACAAGAUGUCGCAAGAGGUAGAGGAAACAUUGAAAAGAAUUCAGAGCCAUAAAGGGGUUGUGGGUACGAUUGUCGUCAACAAUGAAGGUAUUCCGGUGAAAUCCACUUUGGACAACACUACGACCGUCCAGUACGCUGGCCUAAUGAGUCAGCUGGCUGACAAGGCCCGAAGCGUUGUACGGGACUUGGAUCCUUCCAACGACAUGACAUUCCUGCGUGUGCGGUCCAAGAAGCACGAGAUCAUGGUGGCCCCCGACAAGGACUUCAUCCUGAUUGUCAUCCAGAACCCCACAGAUUAGGAAAACAUGAACUGGACCUAGAAAGCUGAAAUAGAUUAUUUUGUAUUUUCAUAAAUAUCGAUGUCUGCUACAGAAGCGAGAGAUUACUUAUUAAAUAAUGAAUUCAUGUA